AUGGUGCGCAGAGGGCUCUGGAUGCGGCGGCACCUCGUUAGCGCUGAUAUAUCAUUCCGUUGCUCGAAGCGUGUUUACGAGAUGGCUACUUCCCUGCGACGGCGUUUCUAUAAAAAGGCGGUUCGUCGGCGGUGCCCCCGCGCCGCGGCGCGUUCUAAAUUUACCCCAGGAACGAACCCGCGCCCGGCGCACGUGCGUUCACUUAGCGCCCGGCAACACGAA